AUGUUCCCCCAGAGCCGGCACCCCACCCCGCACCAGGCUGCGGGCCAGCCUUUCAAAUUCACCAUCCCGGAGUCGCUGGACCGCAUCAAAGAAGAGUUCCAGUUCCUGCAGGCGCAGUACCACAGCCUUAAAUUGGAAUGUGAGAAACUGGCAAGUGAAAAGACGGAAAUGCAGAGGCAUUAUGUGAUGUACUAUGAAAUGUCGUAUGGAUUAAACAUUGAAAUGCACAAACAGACAGAAAUCGCUAAGAGAUUGAAUACAAUUUGUGCACAAGUCAUCCCAUUUUUGUCUCAGGAACAUCAGCAACAAGUGGCCCAAGCUGUAGAACGUGCCAAACAAGUGACCAUGGCUGAAUUGAAUGCCAUCAUCGGGGUACGUGGCCUUCCAGGUCUACCUCCUACACAGCAGCAAUUGCAGGCUCAGCAUCUCUCCCAUGGCCAUGGACCUCCAGUGCCUCUAACACCGCAUCCAUCAGGACUUCAGCCUCCAGGAAUCCCUCCGCUUGGAAGCAGUGCUGGCCUUCUUGCCCUCUCCAGUGCUUUGGGUGGGCAAUCUCACUUGGCAAUAAAAGAUGACAAGAAGCAUCACGAUGCAGACCACCACAGAGACAGAGAGCCAGGCACAAGUAAUUCUCUGUUGGUCCCCGACAGUCUAAGAAGCACAGAUAAACGCAGGAAUGGCCCUGAAUAUGCCAAUGACAUCAAAAAGAGAAAGGUGGAUGAUAAGGAUUCCAGCCACUAUGACAGUGAUGGGGACAAGAGUGACGAUAACUUGGUUGUAGAUGUAUCCAAUGAGGAUCCAUCUUCCCCAAGGGCAAGUCCCACUCAUUCGCCGCGAGAAAACGGUAUCGAUAAAACCCGCCUACUGAAGAAGGAUGCCUCCAGCAGUCCAGCAUCUACAGCCUCUUCAGGAAGUUCCACUUCCCUCAAAUCCAAAGAAAUGGGUCUGCAUGAAAAAGCCAGCACGCCUGUUCUGAAAUCCAGCACACCAACUCCUCGAGGUGAUGUGCCAACCCCAGGCACUAGUGCAACUCCAGGACUCCGUCCAGGCCUUGGCAAACCUCCAACAAUGGACCCUCUGGUUAACCAAGCUGCUGCAGGUUUGCGGACACCGUUGGCAGUACCAGGACCGUACCCUGCUCCAUUUGGAAUGGUACCUCAUGCUGGCAUGAAUGGAGAGUUAACCAGUCCAGGGGCAGCCUAUGCCAGUCUGCACAAUAUGUCACCCCAGAUGAGUGCUGCUGCUGCUGCAGCUGCUGUAGUUGCCUAUGGAAGAUCUCCUAUGGUUGGGUUUGAUCCUCCUCCUCACAUGAGAGUACCUGGAAUCCCUCCAAAUCUAGCAGGGAUUCCUGGGGGAAAACCAGCCUACUCCUUUCAUGUUACUGCAGAUGGCCAGAUGCAGCCAGUUCCUUUCCCUCCUGAUGCCCUCAUCGGCCCGGGAAUCCCUCGCCAUGCCCGUCAGAUCAACACCCUGAACCACGGGGAAGUUGUGUGUGCAGUUACCAUCAGCAACCCCACCAGACACGUGUACACGGGUGGGAAGGGGUGUGUCAAGGUUUGGGACAUCAGCCAGCCUGGCAACAAGAGCCCUGUCUCUCAGCUGGACUGCCUGAACAGAGAUAACUACAUCCGCUCCUGUAAAUUGCUGCCCGAUGGAUGCACCCUCAUUGUUGGUGGGGAAGCCAGCACAUUAUCCAUUUGGGACCUGGCAGCUCCAACUCCUCGUAUAAAAGCUGAGCUGACAUCCUCAGCACCUGCCUGCUAUGCUCUGGCUAUCAGCCCUGAUUCCAAGGUCUGCUUUUCUUGCUGCAGUGAUGGGAACAUUGCAGUGUGGGAUCUGCACAAUCAGACAUUGGUCAGGCAAUUCCAGGGCCACACAGAUGGAGCCAGCUGUAUUGACAUUUCUAAUGAUGGUACCAAGCUCUGGACAGGAGGUUUGGAUAACACUGUCAGAUCCUGGGACUUGAGAGAAGGGAGACAGCUACAACAGCAUGACUUCACAUCACAGAUAUUUUCCCUUGGUUAUUGUCCUACUGGUGAAUGGCUAGCUGUGGGAAUGGAAAGCAGCAAUGUUGAAGUGCUACAUGUAAAUAAACCAGACAAGUAUCAACUGCACCUUCAUGAGAGUUGUGUAUUGUCACUCAAGUUUGCUUACUGUGGUAAAUGGUUUGUGAGUACUGGGAAAGAUAACCUCCUUAAUGCAUGGAGAACUCCUUAUGGAGCUAGUAUCUUCCAGUCCAAAGAAUCUUCAUCAGUGCUUAGCUGUGACAUCUCUGUGGAUGAUAAGUACAUUGUCACUGGCUCUGGAGACAAAAAAGCAACAGUCUAUGAAGUUAUCUACUGA